CCUCACUUGGACAGGGUAGAGGGGGAUGAUUGCCUCCAUCCUUUUAAUACACCUCAGGAUCCCACUGGCCUUCUUGGCCAUGAGGGCAUGCUGCUAGUUCAUGGCCAGCCUGUUUUCCACCAGGACACUCAGGUCUUUCUCUUCAGAGCUCCUUUCCUGCUGGACAUACGCCAUCAGAAGGAUAAGAGACGCCUUCAGAGAAAACAAGAAUGUAAAGGAUUCUGAAAAAAUAGAAGAACUAGUGAGUAAAGCAAAAGAAAACCUAGAGAUUAUUCAUCGGCAGGUUACUAUCGGCCAGAUGUACGCCACACAGAAAUUGGUCAUUGAGAGUCCAGGAAAGACAUAGCUAUGAGAAGGCUCUCACCCUGAAGCAACCCUGGACCAUCUUCAGCAUCUUUCAGUGCCACAUACAGAUGCAUAACGUCACUGCACACCUGACCUAUUCUGUUCAGCAGAAGAAAUGUCUGAGAGACUUUGUUUUCAGCAACCAAAGUACUAUUUUCUUAUGGUUCGCACAUUCUGAAAUAUAUUGCUGUGAUUGACAAUAGCGUGUAUGGUAGUCCUGAAGUCUGUUUGCUUGUGUGUCCCUUGUGAUUAAAUAGUUCCUGCUUCAUUCAUCAAUAAAACUUUGUUAACCUACCUGCAACCAGCUACAUUCUUCUGCUGCUGCCCUCUUCUCUCACAAGGCACAAAAGGUGUUAGAUGUGAAACCUUUCACUUAGUUACUAAGCGUAAAUUCUUAUUAAUCCUGUUAAAUUUUAAAAUGCACAGCGUCUAAAUUUAAUUGCUAAAUAGUUCAGUGUUAAAACCAUAUGAGAUGAGCAGAGCAAGAGCAUUCCUUGACAUCUGAGUAUUUAACAAAAAAAACCUCAUUUGUUCUUUCUUCAGUUUCCAAGAGCCAACGAGCAGUCUCUCACUCUACUUUUAGCAACGAAGAGAUAGCAGUAGCAGAAUGUAAAACUUCCAUCACUAAGCUUUGGUUGCUUUAAAUUAUAUUUUCCUUUUCUAAAUGUGUCGAAGCACAGCUACUGGCAGAAAGUGCCAAAUCACUUCACGCAAGGCUUUCCUUUCUCACACAGCUCCUGAUUUUACCAGGAGAAAAAGGCCAACAACCGACCUCUAACUCAAGUGCUAUGUGUCAUGAAUUGGAAGCGAGCUUUGCCAAGCAGAAGUGGAACGCUCAGGAUAGCUUUUGAUUGAAUCUUAAAGCCUCUUGAUUAGUCAACAUUUUUUAAACUACGUGUUUAUUUGUUUGUUUUUUAAAGCUCAAUCAAGUUCUCUUCCUGUCAGUGCUGUGCUUGUUUGUGGUUUCUCUUAGAAACCAGAGGAAAAAACAGUCAGUGCAAUGGGUUUUUAAUAGUAUAUGGAAAAGGCUUUUGGUUUUUUUUCUCCCCCCUAAAGGAUUGUUUUGCUGGGUUUUGUUGAUGUUGCAUCAAGAGAAGCAGAAACUUCCAUGUUCCGUGACCCCAUGGCCUUUAAAAACCUCCUUUCAUUUCUCUUACUUCUCAAAGUUUGUCGUUACUAAGGCCUUAUUUGUUUUGCAUUGUCCAUGUUGUGACAUUAUUAAAGCAUAAGACAGAUAAAAUGUCUAAUUUAGAACACAACCCCAGUCUUCACCACUAUCUAAAGUGUCUUGUAUAAUUUUGUACAGCUGAAAUAUAUAGCACUGCUUUCCAUUAACAUUAUAAUGUACAGAACAAGAUUUGAAGACUGGGACUUGUAACCUCCAUUCUCAUUAAAAAGAAAAAGUGAUUACAGUAA